ACACACCUCCUCGACUCGACAUUCCGCAACAUCCAAGCUUCUCACCUAUUCUCGAACCUUGCAACCUGCGAAUACCUUCCCACAUCCAUUCUACCUAUCCCCGCAAAGCCGUUUCAGCUUCGACUCUCGACGACAACAGCUUGGGCCAAGAAAAUACUCUUUGUCAACAAUUCGUACUCAGCGUCUUCAUUUUCUUCUUCACCAUCAUCUUCGGCACAAAACCCAACUUGUGUCCCCUACCGCGCGCUUGUUCAGUGGAGACCACUUUGGACCCCUCGACGUCUUCGUCAUUCUGAUUCUGCCACUCGAUGCAAAAGCAAUAUCAUUGGGACAUCCAGUCAACCCGCCCAGAACAUACCACAGACAGCUGAGCGCUUGGUUAACACGGAUUCAACUCUCCGUCCCGCUGCGCUGCGCUGUCUUGCCCAGACUCCCCGCCUAUCCUACCGCCUACCCAAGACAGGAUUAUUCCUCAAGAGGGUUCCACCGCUGACGCUCUGGCUCUCAACCGAGCGGAAUACCGGCACACAUCGCACCAAUGGCCUUCGUCGCCCAAGGUAA